AUGGAGGUGGAAGUUUUGUCACCGGUUGCACCGCCGGAGUUCAACUUCGACAGCAACUGUUCUUCUCCAUACAUCACCGCUCCUUCAUCCCCUCAACGCUUCGCCAACAACUUCUUCUUCAGUGCCCCCACAAGCCCAACUCGCAUUUCCCCUCUCUUCCCUCAAUCCCCUCUCCCUUUUCACACAGACACCAACCCCAACCACAGCAACAACUACAGUUUUGGCAACGACGAUGACUUCCAGUUCGACUUCACCCCUAAUCUUCCAAGAGCAUCUCUUUCCGCCGCCGAUGAACUCUUCGACGGCGGAAAGAUCCGUCCCUUGAAACCCCCGCCCCCAACUUCUCCUAAAACAAGAAAGAACAAAACAGCUCAUGAAGAAAAACCAUUCGUUAAGGAAACACCGAGAAACGAAGAAGACAAACGAGGGAGAGAGAGACUUUUCUCUUCUGGUCGGAAAGGAAGCAGGUCGUUAUCACCUCUGAGAGUCUCCGACAUCGUGUACAACUCCGAGGAAAAAGACGUUUCAGAUUCCGCUUCCGUUUCUUCUUCAACAAGCAACAUGAAAUCGUUCUUAUCCUUUACAAAAGGCUAUAGAAAAUGGAAGAUAAGAGAUUUUCUCCUCUUCCGAAGUGCUUCUGAAGGAAGAGCAAACGAGAAAGAUCCUUUGAGAAAGUACACGGCUCUGUCGAAAAAACCUGCUGCGGAAGAAGAUGUUCGGAAUUUCAGUUUCCGGUCUACUGAGAGUUCCGGUUCGGUUUCGAAGAGGCGUGGACCGGUUUCGGCUCAUGAGUUGCAUUAUACGAUGAACCGGGCCGCUACUGAGGAGAUGAAGAAGAAAACAUUCUUGCCUUAUAAACGUGGUUUGUUGGGUUGCUUGGGGUCCAAUCAUCGUAUGGAUCAGAUUUCUAGAGGAAUUGGGUCAUUCACACGUUCAUAG